AAAGGAAUGUUUUUCCUAGUUAAAGUGGAGAAUCUAAUUCAAGCAAGUAGAUAUCGAAAGUAAAAUUAUCCUCUCCAGCAAGAAUGAAAGAGCUUUUUAACAGAUUUAACGUGCAUCAUGUUGGGCGACUGUGAAGAUGAACGCCAGUAUCGAACCCUGAACCGAAGCUCUCGACUAGCUAUGUUCGAACCGACUGCACCACCAGGGAGUCUACAUCUAAAGAGGGAAUGCAUUAGUGUCCAUGUUGGUCAGGCAGGAGUACAGAUCGGCAAUGCCUGCUGGGAGCUGUAUUGCCUCGAGCACGGUAUUCAACCAGAUGGACAGAUGCCGAGUGACAAGACACUGGGCGCUGGGGAUGAUUCCUUCAACACAUUCUUCAGUGAGACAGGAGCAGGAAAACACGUGCCAAGGGCUGUGUUUGUCGAUCUUGAACCAACUGUCGUCGAUGAAGUUCGAACUGGUACGUACCGACAGUUGUUUCACCCAGAGCAACUGAUUACGGGCAAAGAGGAUGCUGCCAAUAACUACGCAAGAGGUCACUACACCAUCGGCAAGGAGAUCGUAGAUUUGGUUCUGGACAGGAUUCGCAAACUGGCAGACCAGUGCACUGGUUUGCAAGGAUUCCUCAUCUUCCACAGCUUCGGCGGUGGUACUGGUUCCGGGUUCACUUCCCUGCUGAUGGAGAGGCUUUCCGUCGACUAUGGCAAGAAAUCCAAGCUCGAAUUCUCUAUUUAUCCAGCACCUCAGGUUUCAACAGCAGUUGUGGAGCCCUACAAUUCAGUCCUUACUACUCAUACGACUCUAGAACAUUCCGACUGUGCCUUUAUGGUGGACAACGAAGCCAUCUACGACAUCUGUAGAAGAAAUCUGGACAUUGAAAGACCCACCUAUACCAAUUUAAAUCGUCUCAUCGGCCAAAUAGUUUCAUCUAUCACUGCAUCACUUCGCUUCGAUGGGGCAUUGAAUGUGGACUUAACAGAAUUUCAAACAAACUUAGUUCCAUAUCCCAGAAUUCAUUUUCCUCUGGCUACUUAUGCGCCUGUCAUAUCUGCCGAGAAAGCUUACCACGAACAGCUGACAGUGGCUGAAAUCACGAAUGCUUGCUUUGAACCAGCCAAUCAGAUGGUGAAGUGUGAUCCACGUCAUGGUAAAUACAUGGCCGUGUGCUUACUCUAUAGGGGAGACGUUGUUCCCAAAGAUGUCAACGCUGCCAUAGCCACCAUCAAAACGAAGAGAACCAUCCAGUUUGUUGACUGGUGUCCUACAGGCUUUAAGGUUGGAAUUAAUUACCAACCACCCACAGUUGUUCCUGGUGGUGACUUGGCUAAAGUGCAACGAGCAGUAUGCAUGUUGUCCAACACAACAGCCAUCGCCGAGGCAUGGGCCAGACUAGAUCACAAGUUUGAUCUCAUGUACGCCAAACGAGCAUUUGUUCACUGGUAUGUUGGCGAAGGAAUGGAAGAAGGCGAAUUCGCUGAAGCCAGAGAAGAUUUGGCAGCUCUGGAGAAAGAUUACGAAGAAGUUGGCGUUGAUUCUAUGGAAGGCGAUGAAGACAUGGCUGGAGAAGAAUAUUAAUUUCCUUGUUUAAAACCUAAUUUCCAAGAGGAGUUGACCUCUCUUAAUGCUUUGAAUUUGCGCCAUUUUUUUUAAAUAUUUAAACUCUGCCCAAUAUGAACAUACUUUUGCAUAAUGUGGCUGAUGAAUAGUUUUAUUCCAUGAUGAUUUAUAAAAUUCUGAUUCAAAACUAUCACUUUAUAGUUUUAUUCUAAGAUGAUUUAUAAAUUUCUGAUUCAAAACUAGCUCUUUAUAGUUUUGUUCUAAGUUGAUUUAUAACAUUCUUAUUCAAAACUAGCACUUUAUAGUUUUAUUCUAAGAUGAUCUAUAAAAUUCUGAUUCAAAACUAGCUCUUUGUAGUUUUGUUCUAAGAUGAUUUAUAAAAUUCCAUAUCAAAACUUCUACUUUACACUUUUAUUCCUGUAAACGAUCUUAUUUUAUAUUCAUGUUUACAUAUUUUAUAAUGUAUACUAAAUUCGCAUGUAAUGUGUUGAAUAGAUGUUGUGUAGGAGGAUAUAAAUCAAGGCUUUAACUGUGAUUCUGUUUUGUAAUAACUUGUUUUCAUCACUUAUAGCACUGACGAUUUGCACUGGUGUUUUCAAAUUGUCACGUGAAAAAAAAAUGCUGCAUUUUGCACUCGUAUUCACACGAAUCUAUCAAUGUUUGCCAUUUCUUAUUUUUAUAUAGAGAGAUUUUUUGAUAUCCGUUUUCUGUUUGGGGCUGAUGUAAGUUUUUCUAAAAUUGCUAGUUUAUUUGAGACAUGACUGUAAACUUAUUAACUCAAAUGGAUACAAUCAAUAUAAUGAUAAGUGCUUGAAAUAGUUUUUGUGUGCAAUUUCUUUUACUUUAUAUGGUUUUGUGCUACUACAAUUUAUUUACUGCUUUGCUAGUUAAGUAUUUAGAAAGAUUCUGUGAUAGAAAAAAAAUGUAAGUGUAUUUAAAUUUUUUUAAAUAAAUUUUUUUUCUCUGUGAAA